GCAAUAAUUGUCAAACUCUCCAUACAUGCAGGAGCUGCAAUAACCAAUUUGGGCUAUGCCAUGCAUGUGGAAAUAAUACAAAUGAUGUUAAAGGAAAGCAACCUGCUUUCCUACUAAGCUAGAUAUUGCUGGUACAGGAGAGAGGGAGAAAGAGAGAGAGAGAGAAAUUGUCAAACUCUCCACCCAUGCAGGAGCUGCAACAACCAAUUUGGGCUAUGCCAUGCAUGUAGAAACAAUACAAAUGAUGUUAAAGGAAGGCAACCUGCUUUCCUACUAAGCUAGAUAUUGCUGGUACAGGAGAGGGAGAGAGAGAGAGGAGAGAGAGAGAGAGAGAGAGAGAGAGAGAGAGAGAAACAGGGUCCAAGAAAUGCGGACGAUACCGUUGGGAAUAUCAGCAGCAUCCCCAACCUUCUUAAACAGCUCCUUCCUCAACAGUCUCAACCUCAACAGACCAAACCCUCUUGUUCCUCUUACUAAUUCCACUUCUUCCAGGGUUCCUGUUCCUGUCUACACUUCCGCUGAUGACCUCUCUUUCCUUAACUUCUCCAAAUCUGGAGUCUGCAGAGCCAGUCAAGUGGCUGAUUUAUUUCCCACGGUGUCUCCUGAGAUUGUGGUCCGGGAGGCGCGGGUAGAGGACUGUUGGGAGGUGGCUGAGACACAUUGCAGCUCCUUCUUCCCCGAGUAUUCUUUCCCGUUAGAUUUUGUUCUGAGGAUUGACCGGCUGGUGGCAAUGCUGGCCGGAUUUUCUUUACCAAAUGGUCGUAAGAGGAUUUGUCUGGUUGCUGUGAUUGGUAAUGCUGGUGAUGAAACGAUCCUCUUCGGGAGGGAUGAUUUUAAGGUUGGCAGUUUUGAUGGGAAGUUCAGUCUCAAUAGGAGGUAUGUGGCUGGAAUAUUGACUGUGGAUACUGUUGCUGAUUUUCUUCCGAGAAAAGGGCCUCUUCGGCAGAGAAGGAAAGGAGUUGCGUACGUGUCAAACGUUGCUGUCCGGGAGAGUUUUAGGCGAAGAGGAAUAGCUAAAAAGCUAAUAGCUAAAGCAGAAGCCCAAGCCAGGAGCUGGGAUUGCCGUGCCAUUGCAUUGCACUGCGACUUGAACAAUCCCGGAGCCGUAAAGCUGUACAAAGGCCAGGGUUUCAAAAGCAUCAAGGUGCCUGAAGGAGCAAACUGGCCCCAGCCCAAGACCGGUCCGGAUGUUCGGUUCAACUUCAUGAUGAAGCUUUUGAACCCAAGACUUCUGCUUAGACUCCUUUAGGAACAUGUGAAGAAACUAACAAGGGAGACAGACAAAAGAAGAAAACAUUUGGAAAGACAAAAAAGAAUGAGGAACAGAAACUAGGAUGUUUGAGAAUAGGUUGUAUAUAAUUACAUACAUGGAAAGAUGCAUCUGUGCCAAGAACUUGUAUUUUUCAUUGGAUAAAACGUAAUUUUGUAGAUAUUUGGGGUAGGUCGCAGCAUCCUUUGCCCAAUUGUCUUGUGAAGGUAUAUUUCUGCC